AUGGAAGCUGUGAAGAAGUCGCGAGGCAAUAGUUUCUGGACUAUUGCCGUGAUUUUAAACAUUUUAUUCAGUGUGAUCUCCGUCGGGUUCUUUAUCUACAAAGUCGACGUGUUAGAGGGAGAAGUGUUACAAUUGCGGAGCGACCUGAAGAACCAAGCAAAAGCGAGGGAAAGUGAAGAUGCAGAUUUGAUGAAUCGGAAUAAGAGAGCUGCUAAGUAUCACGGAGAUUCAAAACCCUGCACCAGUUGCCACAAUGCUUGCGUUCAGUUAUUUGGACUUGGAGCUUCUGCGAAGGUAUUUAUUAAGAUAUCAAAGCUACAUAUGUUGUCUAUUAUAGUUUUUGAUAACAUAUUUCAUUGUUCUUUGAUUAUAAAUUCAUCAUCUCGAUCUCUGACACCUGAACAACUGACGAGCCAGACUACAUACAGAUCCUACGCUUUGCCUGUCCGCACGGCGGCUGCUCUUUUUUCGAGAUGCCACAGAUGAAAUUAUCUGAUCGAUUUGUAAAUAAAUUAUUUUCUUCUUGUAGUGCAAUGGUUGGAAGCACCGGGUUUUUUCAGUGUUUCGUACCUGGGUAAUAAUUCUUUAUCAAACUUUCCAUCGCGCUUACCAAAUCUAUCACUUAAACAACAAAUCCUACCUCGAAUAAUUAUAAUUUUUUUUUCCGAUGUUUUGGAUGGUUUAUUUUUUGGUUUUUAGGUCACUACAAAGAUUAACAAUGUCACAGAUCAAGACGUCAUCUGUUUGAGAGGUGAGUAUCAGCUGAAACUCAUCAAUAUGAGUCUUCUUAAUUACCUCCUCGUCAUUGCCGUCUGAUAUCGAUGAAACAAUUAUUAUGUAAAAAGCGUGAGUUUACUUAGCUCAUAUUUUUAGCGGUUAUCCAAAUGAGCUUUUUUAUAUCAAAUUUUGAAUUAAUAUUCCCCCCUGAAAGCUGGGAAAUAUUCCUCCCCCCCUCCCCCCCGUCACAGGGGGGCAUAUUUUAAUUAUUUUUGAUUAUGUCUUGCAAAUAAAUUCGCCUUUGUAGCGGAAAUCCGGAACUUUUACAGUGUUGCUGACGAUUUGCCAUUUUCAAACCAACAAAUGAACUCAAUUUGAAAUUUCCCUUCAGGAGCUCGAGGGCCGCAAGGUCGUGAUGGGCCCCGAGGACGUCGGGGUCGCCCAGGUUACAUUGGAAAGCCAGGAAAAACGGGUCCUCCAGGUGCACGAGGUCGCCAAGGACCCAGAGGGAGACCUGGAAGCGCUUUAGCAGGAAAUACCUCCAGACUAUUCCAGGAUAUAGGUAACAUGGAAUUAUUUUGUUGUCUCCACCACGUUUUAAGAUCUGUUUAAACUGUAUGAGAGAAGUUCCUGGAUGAGUGCAUCGUUAAAUUCAUCUUCCGCCAAUAUCAGUCACUUUUCACUCUGAAUUAGGAAUGAAAAUAUCCAAUUAAGAAAACGUCUGGUGGCAAACGCUGCAUGACUCUCAAAAUUUACGUGAGAUUCCAGUAUCUGAAAUACCAGAGUUGCAUUUGUAGAUUUGGGAGCCUUGAAAAUUCUGUGACACAAGUUUUUAUUGGCUCACUGACAACACCAAUGUUUAUUGGAAAAAAGGGGGGUGAUGGAGGGAUGCUUUUUAGAAAUCGAUCGGUCUCAAGAGCGGUUGGAUCCCUUAUCAGAAAACUAAUAGUCAUGACAUAGAUGAACUACGACCUGCGUGACACCGGAGCAUAAUACUUAUGCCCGGUGAAGUUUGCCUGCGUUUGUAAUAGCCGUAAAGACUUUCUCUUUGAAGGAUUGAUACAGUGUUCUCAACCCUUUAAAUUCCAAGAUCUUACUGCUAACUCUCCCCUCUAGCUGCUAAGCAUUUCCUUGUUAAUCAGUUACGAGAAUUUGUUGUCAGAUCAAGAUGACAAAUUCUGCCUGAUAAAUUAGUGUAUUCUCAUUACCCGAGAGAACAUCCUAUGUUCUCUUGCAUUGCAUGUUCGCUGGAUAAUGUAGGGACGUUAUAGGAGAAGUUAUAUGUUAAUCAUUUCUGGGAGUUAUAGUAAACUACAAUAGCCACUUUGACCAAAGUAAACCACAUUUUAAGCACUUUUAUCUGCACUUUUGCGCCCAAGAUAUCCCAAGAAUAAGAAAGAAGCCACCAUCCAGCAUGACUGUCAAAGAGGGAAGCAAUGUCUCCUUACCCUGCUACUCAAAAGGCUUUCCAAACCCAGAGGUCACGUGGUAUAAAAAUGGCCAAAAGUUAAACUCUGGGAAGUAUAACAGGGAUACAGGAAUGUUAACGUUUCCCAGCAUUCAAUUCAGCGAUCGAGGCUUGUAUAGAUGCGAAGCGAGGAAUUUCAUAGGUGUCGAGUCUGCGACUGUGAAAAUUGUUGUGGAAGGUACAGGAAAUUUGAUAUGCAAUGUAAUCGUUGUAAUCUUAAAAUUUGUUGCUUAUUUACUCCGGCAUCGUUAUCUUCUUCUAAAGAUUCUUCUCUUUAUUAUUAUCCUUAUUAUUACUAGUAUUAUUAUUACUUUGUGUCUGUUAUUCUAUUGUGGUCAUGCAAUGUUGCUUAGAUCUUAGAUCUUAGAUGAUGUUAUCAAUGCUGAAAUUGUUGUUGAUCUAAGUCAUCGUUAUUUUCUUAGUGUUAUUCUCUUUCUCAUAACCAUUGUUAUUAUUUUUAUUACUGUUAUUAUCAUUAUUAUUAUCGUUAUCAUUGUUAUCAUUAUUAUAAUUAUUAUUGUUAUUAUAAUUAUCAUUAUUAUAAUUAUUAUUGUUAUGAUCAUUAUUAUUUUUAUUAUUAUUAUUAUUAUUAUUUCUAUCGUUAAUCUGCUUCGCAUAUCCUAAUUCAUGUCGUUACCAACGACGCGCCAUCAAUUCCCUUUACUGCAUGCAUUACUGGGCAUAUUCCCGUCAAUUUGGCUCAGGUCGUCAAAUGUUAUUCAUUUAUCAAUAAUGGAAAACGUUAUGGGCUGUAAUGAGAUAAUCAGGUACAAAGAGUCACACUUUCAGAUUUUUCAGGCGUGACUAAAGGAAGAUAAGAGGUAAGUCGUUUUGAUCUCUGUCUUUUUGAAGUUUGGCUUUGCUCUUUGCUUGUUCGAUUUGCAGCAAAGGUUGCUCAAUAAUUUUUUUUUAAAAAAUGGUGAAGAGUGUUCGAGGAGUACUUAUUUGCUUCGUUUUUUUGUUUUGUUUUGUUUUAGUGUUUUUUUUUUUGUGUUGUAAUUUCCUAUGAACUAUUUUUGCAGUCCCUCCCAGAUUUGUUCAGGCACCAGAGACCUACCAUCUGGGUUAUGAAACUUGGGAUACGACUCUGACUUGCAACAUCUUCGCCUUCCCUCCACCAAAGAUACAAUGGACCCGAUCAUUCCGGCCGUUGCCCAUUGAUCGUCACGCGGUGGUUGGUAAAGAUUUGGUGAUCAAGGAAACUCGGAAGGAGGACAGAGGACCCUUCAUGUGCCGCGGGGAAAAUCACCUGGGUCAUGUAUAUGCACUUAUUGUGCUCGUUGUGAAACCUGUCAGUAAGUGAAUGAUUCAAAAAUGUCGAAAGUGCAAAAAACCCGCUGUUAUCUACAGUAAGCUUAUUUCUUCUGUCCGGUAAUUGUUGCUCAAUCCUAGUGAUCCGAGUAGUUUCUGCUUGAUUGGUGCGUGACCGCAACCGUUGAAAUUGCUUUCUGCUCAAUUAGCUCUGGAAAUGGUGUGCAUUUCUUGCCGCUAUAUAUCGUAUGAACUCCGACCCAGGCUGAGAACCCCAAAUCUGUUUUAAAAAAAAGGGAAAAGAUAAUCUCAUGGACGGCGUUGUUUCAUUUUGGUAUAAACGCUGUAAUGACCGUUACUUUUGAUACAUACAUAUCAAGCAUUUUAUAUCAAAUAUUUAUUAGCUAAUACUAGUUAUUUAUCCCAUGGCGCAGAAGCUAAUUUUGUUUCAAGAGCUCGAGAUCAACCUAAGCUUUUCUUUUCAAAUCUGUUUUCAAAGUCCCACCCGUGAUCACUUCAGCCCCAUCAACCGUUGUCAAGGUGACGAAGGUCGACGGUAGUGUUAGACUGCAGUGUGCUGCCCGCGGGUCACCCGUGCCCAGUCUAGAGUGGAGUAAGGAUGGAGUGGUUAUUUCAACCAACUCGACCACAAAGAAUGAUGAAGAAGUGAAAGGGGAGCUCAUCAUUCCAACCUUUGGCCCAUCUGACCAGGGAGUGUACAAAUGCUUCUUUAAAAACUACGACAACGGAACUGCGGAGAUCACUACUGCUGCAGGUUAGGAGAAAAUUGAACAAGUAUCUUAGAAGAGAUAAGGAGGCAUUACUAGAUUUGUAUACGUAAGAUAAAAAAUAGUACUGAUGCAAAAGAGUACUUGAUAAGGCAGCCUUGACUCAUGUUCGAAUAAACAAUAUCUUCUAUUUGGCGCAAAAAUAUGCACGGAUAAUUGUCCGCGGACAUUGUCCAUUCCAAGAUGCGAGCAGUUUUCCGAGAGCGAAGCUCGAAGAAAACCGUGAGCUUCGAGGAACUGAUAAUGUCCAAGGACAUAUAUACGAGCAUGUUUUCGCACAUAAUGAAGGAUAUUGUGGUAAAUAUCGUUCACAUAUUUUUCAACGCGCUUGAAAAGAUAUUUACAAACAUCUUACUGUUUGUCGCGUAGUAUGGUGUCCUUUGAGUGUCCUCUGGUUCGACUUAAUGAACAAAGAAAUAUUUCCCUCUUCUAUAGAAACCCCAAAACGUUCUCUCAUCUCGAAUUAAUUUUUAAACGAAUUUUUUUUUUUUUUUUUUUUUACCAAGAGGUCCAUAUUCCUAAUUCUAUAUUUUUGUCAUAAUCUACAUCAGAGCUGGUUGGAUGCGGUGAGCCUCAUGUUCCAGUGAACGGCUUCAAGGUUGGAGAGAAUUACUGGGCAGGAGAGAUGGUGACUUUUGCGUGUGACGUAGGAUACCACUUGGAAGGACCUACAAACAGACUGUGCUUGGAAAAUGGCAACUGGAGUAACGUGAUGCCGACAUGUAAGAAGGAGAUAACUGUAAUUAAGCAUACAACGUAGGAUAAAUUAACAAAUUAAUCUCAUUGUUUUCUUAGGCCAUCAUCUUUGCGAUGAACCUCCUCCUCUAGAGAAUGGCUAUAGAAUAGGAAAUGAAUUUUGGGAAGGGAAAAAUGUCACUUACGAGUGCAACAAAGGAUACCAGCUUAGAGGACCACAUGUCAGGGUUUGUAAAGAAAAUGGAAACUGGACAGAAGAAGGACCAUCAUGUGAAGGUAACGCUUAUGAGUAUUGAAAGCAUUUAAAUUUUAUCCAAGAUGUGUACAAAGAAAGGUUAUUGAAAAAUCUUGGAAUUACACGGAUCAAAAUUAUAUCUCUCCUCAAGUGCAUAUAUAGAUUUAGACAUUUCUCUGGUAAUCCCCAUUGAAUAAAUCUAUGUGACUUUAUAACACCAGGUCCGGAAUUCGAGCACUCAGAAAUCCUUCUGAACAAAACUGAAUACUGGGAGCUCCUUAAAGGCUGGCUGGGUUCUGUGUCUACAUUGCCAGCCAAGUGGAAGCUAUGUUACAGAGCUACUGAUCAUGGAUGGAGCUCCAGUACAUUCCACUCGCAGUGCAAUGGCUUAGGACCAACAGUGACGUUUAUUAGAGUGGGAGAGUACAUAUUUGGUGGAUACACCGACAGGAACUGGCGUAAGUAAUUAGAUAGCCAGGACCUUACUAGAAUGUAGAAAUAAGCUGCGUAGAAAAAUUUCAAACCUUCAAUGGGAAAAAGCACUGAGAGCCAUCAUAUGAUUUAUGACUUGUCAAAAAAAAGAAACGGAAGACGAAACGACUACUCGUAAAGUAAUAACUUUGUCAUAACCUUUCAUGUCUUUACACAUUUUUGGUUAGUAACUUUACUCUGACAUUUGAUUGGUUGACAGCACAAAAAUAAUAUAUUUACACGAUUGCCACACCUCGUUGAUAUUCUGUUCAACGCAAAAAAAGGAAAAAAUUAAUAUAAAAUCAGUUUAAUAUCGAUUGAUCAAAUUUUUGCGGUUUUAAUUUAUGAUUUGUUCACGAGCACAUUUUUCUCUUCCAGUCUUCUAUGAACAGACAGCUUUCUUACAAUGCUAAUCUAUUUGAAAAAAUAGGGACUUGACUUAAUCCUUUCAAGGAAAAGUUCUUGAACAGUAGAGAUAUUCCUUAAACAGAGGAUACACGUCAUCACGAUAGUUAGUAUUUAAACAACUUAGAAUGCCAUAUUUGCUGUUAUUUGAACCUUUCACCGUCAUUUGUUUCAGCUCAUGAUCAUUUUUUGACACAAUUGUUUUGAUCUCCACUUGCGAGUAAAUGCAAUGUAUGCAUUUAAUAGAUAUUUUUUAAAUACAUUUUAAUGUAUAUGUUUCGUUCCGUAUUGGUAAGGAUCAGCUUAACCAACACUGGAAUACCAUAAGUUUCAAGCGCACAAAACAAACAUUGCAAUGGACACAACUACUGCCGAUUCCACAUGACCAUUUAAAGCAUGAUUUUGUUUCUUUGUUUUUAAAUUCUUUCUUCGGUGAAGCAUUCAUGCAUGCACUUUACAGCACAUUCCUGAUUAAUUCCUGUUUUCUUCCAGAUUCGGGCGGCUCAUACACAGAUUCAGUCAAUAGCUUCAUAUUCUCUUUUAAAAACCAUUAUGGACUGGAACCAUUUAAGGUUCAUGUUAAGAAGAGUGAUCGUGCCAUGUACGGCAAAAGCAGUUACGGCCCAACAUUUGGUGGUGGACACGACAUUUACAUCGCAAACUCUGCAGGCUACAACACGAAUUCCUACACCAACUUGGGUCACAGUUAUGUGCAGUUAGCCGGCUACCGGUACGGCUCGGGUGACACGGGAAGUUUGUUGGCCGGAAGUUACAAUUUCCAGCCUCAUGAAGUUGAAGUGUUUUAUCAGACUUACAAAGGCUAA